AUGGUUGUAUCUGCAAAAGCGUUCAAUUGUCACAACUCUUGCGUUUGCUUUUAUGUCGAAAGCCAUAAGAAUUGGACUUUUGUUAACGAUUUGAAUGAAUCGUCGUUUUACGGGACGACACAGAAGUGUUGGACAAAUGAUACCGAUUUGUCCCUCUUUUCCACUCCCUUUCAAAUUCAGAUCAAAUUCAAUGAAACCAAUGUUACCACAGAUUUGAGACCAAUUCUUUACAUUAAAGUCCUGUCGUUUGAUUUCUGGAAUCGAUUGGUGUCUGAAAGCUAUGGUUUUGUUGAACUUCCAAUUAGACCGGGAAAACACCGUCUGGUCAUCAAUACAUGGAAACCAUUUACAGACAAUCGGUUGGAAAAAAUGAGACAAUUCUUCAUCGGUUGCGCACCUCUUGUUCACAAUAUACACAAAGACUCGAUUCACACAUCUAAUAAAUGUACGAAUAAUUAUGGCUUAAAAUCUGAGUCAAGCGGUUCUGUUGCCGUCGAUAUUGAUGUCCUCAUCCAGAAUCAUUCUGGCCUUUCAGAGGGCGAAGAAGAGAAUGGAUACCAUUAG